AUGCUCCUCUACGACUCCUUCGCAGUCAAUCCCUACGUCGUACGCCUCUUCAUCCUCGAGCGCGGAGGUCUUUCCCUCGACGUCCAAACCGUCGACAUCAUGGCCCUCGACAACCGCAAACCACCCUACCGGACCGAAGUCAACCCGCGCGGCGAACUCCCAGCCCUCCGCAUCAACGAGUCCUUCGUCCUCACCGAAAUAACCGCCAUCUGCGAAUACCUCGACGAGGUGGCAGCCAAGGGCGGAAAAUCGCUGUACGGCGACACGGCUCUCCAGCGCGCGGAGACGCGCAUGUGGCUGCGGCGGAUGGACCUCGAGAUCGCGCAGCCCGUCAUCGAGUGGUACCGCAACGACCCGGAGACGAUCGACUUUUACAAGGGGAAUCGGAUUCCGACGCCCGAGGCGCGGGUGAAUCAGAAGGUGGUCGUCAACCAGUUCUUGAAUCGGUUGGAUGAGGAGCUCGAGGGCAAGACGUGGCUUUGCGGCGAGAGGUUCUCGGCCGCGGAUAUCCAUUUCUACGGGCUUUUGAGCUUGAUGACGGAGAAGGCGGCGCCGUGGGUGCUCUUGCCGACGCGCAGGAAUGUGGUUGCUUACUUCAAGAGGAUGGAUGAGCGGGAGGCGAGCAAGCUGGCCAAACAGCUAUUUGGGUCUCGGAUCACCGUUUAA